AUGUCUCAGGGCGAGAGUGAGAUCUUUCCACAUCAGUGGCCCAAAACCGGCGUUGACGAGCUCGAUCCGAACUUAGUAGCGGAAGAGUAUUAUCAUGGUAAUCCAUAAACCUCGUUUAUUAAACCUUAUGGCAACGUAUAACCAACAUGUUUAUAGGUCUUCUCCCUCGUGAAGAUGUAAACUCCCUCCUGAAGUUAGAUGGAGAUUUCGUGGUCAGACUGAGUCAUCCGGAAAUAGGAAAGCCUCGGGGUUUGGUGCUUUCAGUCCAAGCCGAACAGGCAAGGACACACGAGGGGGUAAACGUGAUGACUAUCGGGCCAACAUAGACUUUCAGAUCAAGCAUUUUGUGAUCCAAAAAGUACCUGAAGGAUUUGUCAUCGAGAACAGCAAACCUUUUCCAAGUAUCGCUGGACUGAUCAUGGGUUUUAUGACACGGCGACAGUCGCUUACCACUCGUUUCACUUGUCUGCUAAAGAACCCGGUGAUGAGAAGAAGCUGGCAGUUAAAGCAUGAAGAUAUCCAUCCACUGAAGAAGCUGGGCGAAGGGGCUUUUGGAGAAGUCUAUUCUGGAAUCGCACAGCUCAAGAAUGGGGAACAUCCUCAAGUCGCGAUUAAGACCGCCAAGGUGGAGAGCAUCACAAAAGAACAGGUCAACGAAAUUAUGGACGAGGUAAAGUCAUAAUAAUUAAAUUGAUGCUUUCUUUAGGCCAGAAUCAUGAGAAAUAUGAACCAUCCACAUAUCGUCAAGUUCUAUGGAGUUGGAGCCUUUCAAGAGCCUCUUUUGGUCGUUAUGGAAAAGCUUGAUGACAGCUUGAGCUCACUCUUAUCCAACAAAAAGUUCAGCGUUGAUGAGAAGACGGAGUUCUGUUUUCAUGCUGCUCUGGGAAUCGAGUACAUGCACUCUAUCGAUCUGAUGCAUCGGGAUAUUGCGGCUAGGAAUUGCUUGGUGGGCGGAGAUGUCUUGAAGAUCAGUGAUUUCGGGAUGACUCGGAGGGGCAAUAGCUUUAAGAUUGAUGCAAGGAAACCACUUCCACUCAGAUGGUAAGUGCCUUGAUUUUCUCACUUAUUAUACUAUAUAUUUUAGGACGGCCCCCGAAAUUCUGACCACCAAAAAUUACACCAAGAAAUCCGAUGUCUGGGCUUACGGUAUAUUGACUUGGGAAAUUUUCUCGGAUGGCGCCAAACCCUACGGUGAUGUCUCAAAUGCUGAAUUGAAGACAAUGGUAAAAAAUAAUAUAAAUGAUGGAAUCAGUAUUCUUUUCAGCUCAAGGAAGGAUACAAAUUGCCGUUCCCUCCCGGGACUCCAGAAGAGAUUAUCCCGCUGGUGCAGGAGGAAUGCUGGAAGUUUAAUCCGAAAGAACGGAUCAACAUGAAGAAAGUGAUUAGGUAUUUUGAAUGCUGGAAGGAAAUAAAAGAAACGAAAGAAACUAAUCUGUAUCCGGGAUCGGAAAAUGGUACCCAGAGUAUGGAGGGGAGUGACUUAAAUCAGACAAGACGUCGAAAUUCCGUCCUGACCUCAAGUAAAACAAGUACGAGUGGAACAAGUACGCCUUCGGAAUUAAAAAAAUCGAAGGUAAGAAAUCAGAUCUUGAAAUAUAGUUCAGAACAAGAAGAAUAGCACGUUGGAAUUGAAGAAGCCUACCAGUAAAAAGCUAUCUCAGAGAGAGUCCGAGAUGGCAAGCAGCGACAAGCCGGACAACAAGAGCUCAAAGUUAUGCAUGCGCAAAGAUAAGAAGUCUUCCUGUCACACCAAGGCGCCCAGAAAGCAUAAAAAGAAGUCAGGGAAUACCUGA